AUGGCUGCACUGCCAAAAGAGAGAUCCACUCUCUCAUUACCGUUCUCACAUACGGGUGUCGACUUUGCUGGUCCAUUUCAGAUCAAGUCUGGCAAUUUGCGAAAUUCACCAUAUAUGAAAGGUUACGCAUGUAUCUUUGUAUGUUUUGCUACAAGAGCCAUUCAUUUAGAAGCUUGCUCUAGUUUAGCAUCAGAAGCAUUUCUAGCUGCUUUUGUACGAUUUAUAGCUAGGCGAGGAUUGCCAAAAUCAGUUAUGUCGGACAAUGGUACAAAUUUCAUAGGCGCUAGUAAGUCUUUGCUAAAGGAGUAUUCGUUAUUUCUUAAACAAUCCUCCAAGGAUAUAACAGAUAAAUAUGCAAUUAAUGGACUUGAGUGGAAGUUCAUUCCACCUAGCGCCCCACAUAUGGGAGGUUUAUGGGAAGCUGGCGUUAAAAGCUUCAAAAUCCACUUCAGGAAAAUUGCAGGCGCACAUAAAUUUAAUUUUGAAGAGUUCUCUACUCUGCUUGCGCGAAUAGAAAGUGUUCUAAAUUCACGACCAAUAUCACCGAUGUCAGAAGACCCAGAUGACCUGCAGGCCCUUACUCCGAGUCAUUUUCUGCGCGGUGCACCUUUGGUAUUCGCGCCAGAAAUACCGCCUGACAAUUUGUCGUUAUUGAAUCGCUGGGAACGACUGAAAGCACUCCAUCAUAAAUUUGGUCAACGAUGGAAAAAUGAGUACCUUCAGGAGCUACACAAGAGGUACAAAUGGUAG